AUAUUUAAAGACGUAUCCUUCUCUAAUAUUUUUACAUUUAUUUACAAAUAUAAAUUAUCCACUUGUAACAUUAAGGAUCAACUCAACGCAUUUUGCCUCCUUCUCGCUCAUCCUUAUGUAAAUUCAAGUUCAUCUUGAAGAGCCUGCCGGAUGUAGCUGAAAUCAAACCGUAAGUCGAUCGAUUGGUGCCACGUGAAAAUGCGAUUUCUACGACAGCAACAUUUCCGUAGGAAUUCCAUCCUGAAGACGCCAUCUUCUCCUCCCCCUUUCUCUCCCUUUCGCCACGGCAAAUUAAGCUUCCCAAAACACCACGAAACUGUUAAUUAAGACUCAUUAUGCGCGUUACAGGGGAUGGUUGCCUGGGAUGGAAGGAAGGUGGCCGUAGCCGUAGCGGAGGAUGAAGACCACGAAGAAGCCGGAGGAAGGGGUAGAAAGUGGCAGGGAGCGGAGAUGAUAGGCGGGGGGGGUUUAACCCGAGUACGAACUUCUUAAUACCACAGCUGUAGUCGGGUUCAUUGUGGGAUCAAUACGGGGAGAGUCCGUGGUAGUGGCAGGCCAAGUGCGAUUGGCUCCAACAAUCGGGCACGGCGAUUGGCCAGCACCGGCACUACCAGGAGGCGGGUUCUAUCGCCACGAACCCGACGUGUUGGGGUGGCGGAAAAGAGGAAGAGGACACGUUGCGGCGAUGCCGCGCGCUCGAAAAGGACGGCGACGGGGACGGCUCGAAAAAAGACAGCGACAAGCUCCAGGGAGAGAGAGGGUGACACACGGUGUCGUGUCUGGGGGAUUUCAGUCUGUGUUCACCCAUGAGAGACACACCACUAGCGGCGACACGCUCCGCUCACGUUGCGAGGGUGAGGGCUCGUUUUUCGCUCGCCAACUGAUCGUUCUUUGCCAUUUGUCUUCCGCGUUGAAUUCAAACACAUCGCGAUCAAAGUCUUAGAUUGGCGAAAAAGAUCUAUGGAAUAAAUUGUGAGACUAGUUGUACAUGUCAUCUUGGACUGCAGGUGGUCCUGCGUAUGACAUAUGAAAUGAAGUGUCGAAGGCGGUGACAGUUCUUGUUACUAAGUGAAGUGACAAUGAAGUGUUAAUAAAGAAAAAAAAAUUAGACAGCGUGACAAUUAGAUAGUACUCUUUGUUGACAAACUGCAAUUGAGAAAGAACAGUUAAAAUUUUUCUAAAUCAUAGAUAAAAUUGUGUGUAUUAGUACAAGUGAUCUGACAGGUGAUAUGAGUUGUAGAGAUCAGUGAUAAUUGACCUGUAUCGAAAACAAAAAGAUACCUGAAAGAAAAAAUAAAAAUUUGGAUAGAAAGAAAAACUUUACAAGUAUUAAUUAUUGGCAUAAAACAAAUUUGGAGAAAUUUCUGAAAACAAGAUCAUAGAAGAGAAAAAGUUUCAUGAGGACUGUUAUCAGGCAUAUGCCUAGCAUAUGCCUUUGUUUAUCUUAUCCAUCUUCGUAGAAUUCUUAGUAAGUAAGAGAUAUUGUAUAUAUGUCGCAAUUCGACAUAUCUAACUGAUGACAAUUAUCUGAGUCCUUUCGCAUUUGCACAACGCACUUACCAAGGCAAAAGAAAGGAGAGCGAUUGACUUGUGCAACUUGCAUUGCUUCGGCUAUCUUGAAGAAUUAACUGCGUGUGUCCAUUAGUACUCGAGAAGUAAGAAAGAACGCGUGGAACUGUUUGUCAUUUGCUAAAAAAUAUUUUGCCGUAUUUUAAUAAAAGUGAGAAGAAUUGUGUCUGAACGAAAUUGAUGAGCAUAUUUUAAACUGUGAUCAGCUUGCAAAUGCCUAAUUUUUUUCUGUUUUCUCCGCGAUAUGCAUGAAGGCAUUUUGUGAUUGUGAUAUAGCGCUGAGAAAAAUUAAACAUUUCUCUAUAAUAAUAUUAUUAAAAAUAAAUUGCCAUUUUAAUAUAUGAACGUGCGCGAGACACAUUCUAAAAUUAUAAAUAUUGAAAUUAAGUAUUAUAUUAUAUAAACAAAUACAUUUAUUAUUAUCCCUGUGUGUUAAUUUACUGACUCGAUAAAUUUUUAAAUAAACGUAUCUUGAACAAUCGAAGUAAUUGGUGUGAAAAAAGAAUAUAAAAGAAGACAAGACACUGUUAACAGCAGUAUCCAAUUUUUUAUGAACGAUACACCAAGCUAUUAAUUACAGCGCUGAUUUCAUAUAUCUGUAAAGAUCGUGAAUAAUUUUAAAUAUUUAAAUCAUCCUGUCAAGCCAUCGAAGAAACUAAAAUUAUUCAUAUAUAUCUCAAAACAGUUGACAACAAUAUAUUAAACUACCUCACUGUCGCACUAUGUGUUACACGGACUGUUAUCCUUAGUGUCGAGUCUAGUGAUUUCGAAUGAUCCUUCACGCUUGAGCCAACCGCGGUGCGCCAUCGACGCAGUUGGAGGACGAGUUAAGGAGUGGUGUUAUUCAAAAGGGUGGUGCGACGUUCGGGUACGCAAGUCUGCAGGCCAGCUCUGGGGUGCCGGGCCCGGGCGGGGUGAUGAGCUGCUCCGAUGUGAUGUAUCAAUAUUAUCCUUAUCUUUACCAGACCCAUCGGCCACCGCCGCCGCAUCCGACUCAUCCCCAUGCGGCCCCGCACAGCCACCCCCAUGCCAAUCCUCACGCGGCCCAUCACAGCCCGGCCAGACCGGCGCCCUUUCAACCCUUCCCGGCGGCUACGGCGACGCAUCAGUAUGACAGGCUGAAUGUUCAUCAACGGUCAUUGGAAGCAGCCGGUAUUGAGCUCUGCGGCACCGGCGGAAGUGUCCCUCAAGGUCAGCCGAGCAGCGCGGGUUCCGUAGGGUCGGCGCCGAGUCCCGCAUCCCCAAGGCCAACGCCGCAACCGCGACCAUCCCUCGCAACCACCACCUCGCAACCCUCGCGAACACUGGACGAUGACAGAUCGACGGAUGGCGUAGGUGCCGGUACCGCCACUGAGGACUCCGACGACGGUGAGAGCAGGGCGCAAUACGUCAACGCGAACUGCGUCGUGUUCACGCAUUAUCGAGGCGAUGCGGCGUCGGAAGUCGAGGAGCACUUUCAGAGAGCCCUCGCUCACGACAAAUUAAAGGAAAAUAUCUCUCCCAUGUCCAUGAGGAAUUUCCCCCCUUCCUUUUGGAAUAGUCAGCAUCCCGGUGAUGUCUACGAGUACCCGACGGAUCCAUGGCACUACCCGCAGUACCAUCACAGAGCUGUGCACGAGUAUCACCACCACAAUAUGGCGGCGGCGGCGAGUUACAGUGGCCUUCUGCUUGGUGGUGCACGCAGCCUCGGCCACCACACGUCUCAUCACGCGGCGCAUCACGCGCACGCUGCAGCGUCCUACAAGGAGUGGACGUCGACGACGCCGUCGCAGUCCCUCGUCGACGCUUCGUCGGCGCCGCCCUAUCCUCACGGUCACUACGCACCCCUCUCCGGUAAGACUCGAGUCUCAAGUUCAGGAUUCCAAGGAUCUCUACUGGUUCUAGGAUCGAGCGUUGGAGAUCGGCAGGAGGCAUGCGGUUUCCUUAAAUUCAGAGGACGACUGAACGAUUGUGUUUCGAUUAAUGAGAAAAUUUAAUGACGCGAUUGGAUCGUAUAUAAAGAUACAAAUGUAAGAGGAACGAGGACAUUGUUGAACAAAAAUGACGACCGGGCGUUCGUCGCGUUGUCGUUUGUUCAUCGUUGUACAUAAUGUUACCUACGUCUUUUAAGGAUCUACUACUAGUAUAAAGAGAAUAGUAUUAGACGAAUUAUAUUUGCGCGCACUAUUACCUUUAUAGUGAUUGCUGUCUGACAUUAAAGAGAGAUUGGCCGUGAGAAUGCGACCGAGAAUCGUCUUCAGCUGGUACAAUAGCGUAGCGCAAUCUAAAACCGUCGAGACACAUCUAAAUUUUCCAAAUAAUUAUAUAAUAUAAUAUGUCUUUGAUUUUGCUACAAGAUAUUAUCUUUGGAUUUUUUAAUUCAUUACGAAUGCGAUGGCUAAAUGAGAAUUGAUGUUUAUGAGCAUUCAAUGAAUUAUUUAUUAAAAGCAAGAUAAGAAUUUAAAAACUAUAUCAGAAAGAGAAAGAGAUUUUUCUUUUACAAUUCAAAUCGAGACAUUACUCAAGAUUAGCAAAUGAUUAUUUGGCAAAUUUAGCUGCCGAUUUAAGUGAAGUAUUUAUUGACCAAUGAUCUUGCCAUA